AUGGCGGAAAGAAAAGCAUUCAAUAUAAUCAAAGCUGUUCCUGUUGUUGGUCAUGCAUAUGGAGCGGUGCGCGGUGUUGUCUACGCAGCAAAGGGCGAUAGAUCUGAAGCAAAACAUUCCAUUGAGCUCGAUUUAGCCGAUUUAAAUCCACUAAGAAUACCUAAGAAACUUGUACAUGGUAUACAAAAUGCUACACAUAAUCUCGAAGAAGGUGCUUGGAUUGGAAGACGAGCUCUUUUCAAACAACCCCUCGCUCUCAAUAUCACUCCAGGAAUGGAUGGGUUCCACUGGUGUAUUCAAAUCAAUGGAGUUAUUUAUCAAUUGGGCGUCGACAAAGAUCGUGAUAUUAAAAUUCAUAUUAGUUCGAGAACAGAGAAAACGGCGUAUUAUGAAAGAGACUGUAAGGAGUACUCGUGGUAUUUGAUUCAAAACGAAUUGCCUGCCUUUGAUGCCGAUGAAUUACGAGCCUAUGCCAAAUCAUUUGAAGACCUUGAGUAUCGAAUGUUUCUCGCUCUUGGAAACAAAAUGAACUGUCAAUCGUUUGUUACGCGAAUGUUCGCAAUAGCUGCGAAGAUAUCGAUCGAAAAAGCUCGUAGCACCAUUCUACUCGUUAUUCCCAAUCUUUUAUUUUAA